AUGACUUUCUCUGCUGGGUUUGCAUAUCUGGAGGGUGAGCGCGUGAACAAUCUUGUAUGGGCAUUGGAACGGUUUCGAGGCCUUUUUUUAAGAAAUGAUCGCCUUCCUGUUGUUAUUGUCACAGACAGAGACCUAGCCCUGAUGAAUGCUGUGAAAGUUGUGUUUCUGGAAUGUAAGAAUUUGUUGUGCAGGUUUCACAUAGACAAGAAUGUGAAGGCAAAGUGUAAAUCGCUUGUUGGUCAGAAGAAUGCUUGGGACUACGUAAUGGAUAGCUGGGGUAACCUGGUAGAUUGUCCUUCGGAACAGGAGUUCCCUGAGCACCUUCAAAGGUUUCAAGUAGCGUGUUCCCCGUGGCCAAUGUUCAUUGACUACCACACUGAAAUUAGAGCAUCAUUCGAAACAAGUACACAUGUUGUUGGUCAUGUUUUUAAGAAAACCUUAUACAAGAGGCUUCUGGGAAUGGUGUCAAUGUACGCUUUAAAUGAAAUUUCUGUUGAGUUUGAGCGUGUACGUCAUUUGAAAGACAAUGUGUCUUCUUGUGGGUGUGUCUUGAGAACCACGCUAGGUCUUCCUUGUGCAUGCGAGCUACAAAGGUAUGAGGGUGGCAGCAUCCCACUGGAUGCAGUCCAUAUGUACUGGAGGAGACUUAAUUUUUCAGACCAGGGGCUAUGUGAGGCCGAAAGUAAACUCCGAGAAUUUGCGUUUCCCGAUGAGACCUCUAUGUGUCCUCCUCCAACACAGGUUAAGACGAAAGGUGCCCCGAAAAAGGUAAUGAAAAGAAGCGAAAGAUCGACAAAGCGUGAUCCAUCUUAUUGGGAGUAUGUUGAUGUUUAUCAUUCGGUUCAAAACAGCAACACCUCAAUCAGACCCAGUGCAUCAUCUUUUGCACCACCAAAGCCAGCAAAGAUGAUCCCCAUGUUAGAUCAAUUUCCGCUAUUUAUGCAUGGUUUCAUUGAGGAUGUUGUUGAUGUGAAAGCGGAUGGUAAUUGUGGAUAUCGGUCAGUUUCCGCUUUGUUAGGUAUGGGAGAAGAGUGUUGGGCCAUGAUGCAUAAUAAAUUGAUUAAAGAACUUGGCAAAUGGUCGCAAGACUACAUAAAGAUCUUUGGUGGCACGGAGAGAUAUGAACAGCUAAGGUUGUCCCUACACGUGGAUGGGUUAUCCAAGAUAUGGGAUAUGUAA